UGGCACGCACACGACGCCGCACAUCGUAUCGCACGUCAGGUCGGCCGGACACGGUGAAGUGAUUCGAAAACGUUUCCGAAUAUUAUAUUAUCAUCGAUAUCGUUGUUGUGUUAACGGUUUCGGCGUUGCUCAAUAAUCACUCGUGUAAACGCCAAACGGUUCGCCGGCCACUCAAUAAUAAUUAUUUGCGAUUUAGCAACCGGUCCGUUUUGUUUUUUUUUUUUUUCUGUUCGUUUUUUAACAUCUUACAAUUUUAUUGCGCUUUUAAAUCGGGAUAAUUAGGUGGCCGAAUCCGCGGUCGUCCGUUGCCGUUGCCGCCAAGUCGUUCUAUCAUAUUUUCGUGUUCGUCGCACCACUCGAUAACUGCACGAAUUUCUACUACUCGGCGACAGCAGCAUCGAAACACAGCAGGUAGGUGUAAAACGCCGACGUUAGAGUAUCAGUCGUUGUCGGAAAACGACAUCGGUUGUAGUCCGUGCGGGCGAAUCGCCGACGAACACAAUAUUUCGUUGGCCGGAAUAUCCGGAAUAACACCGUGAUAAUAUCCCGUGAAUUCCUGCAUUCCAUACGAUCGCCAAAGAUUUCCCGUAGGAUUGCCGACGAUUCGCCGACACAUUUCGUACGCGGAAUUCCGUUGGCGAUACGCCCGCUGUUACGAACCGUUGCGGGACGGAUGGUUUUGAAUCGUUCCCGUCGUCGUGUUUGGACCGGAGAAAAAACUCGCCGUCCGACCGUUCACGAUUUUGCCCACGUCUCGUCGCCGUUGACGUCUCUGCCUUUGCGCCCAGACCCACCUACACUCUAGGCGUACAGGCGUACCUCGAAAAUUAUAUUUGUUUUUUUCCAUUCGAUUUCGUUGUUCCGUCGUUCGGUGCGUUUUUAUCGGGCGAAAACCGAUUAAAUGACCGUAUGGAUCUCCUAUAACACCUACGUCAGCGACCACAAUAACCGUGCCGACGAGAACUUGAACGCACUUAUCAUUAUAAUAUUUUAUUGCGGUACAUCUAGUUAAAGAAAAGAAAUAUCGCUCUCCCCUCCCUCCGGUGUUUUAUUAUUAUCAUUGUUGAUUUUUUGCAGAUCGGCGGACCGCGAACACAAUGCGUGACACGGGGACCGAAUGAAAACAAAACAAACAAACGAAAAUUCCUUUUCCGCGCCUUAUCAGUUAGCGCCUUAUCAGUGUACUCGAUCAUCAAUAACAACAACAAUAUCUCUGUGCCGUUCUCGCGUUCGCAUUGACGUGAAUCCGUCCGAGUUUUAAAUAUAAUGCUACGUAUAUCAAACUUUAGCAAACGUCAAUGGCUAACGUUAAUCGUGUUCAGUAUCGCUGACUUUUGUAACGCCAUAUGUGUGUCGUUGCAGGCACCGUUUUACCCGAAAGAGGUGAUUUUAUUUUUCAUUUAUUAUUAUUUAGUAUUAAACUGGGUACUUUUUCUCGAAUGCCCACUGCGUGUUAAAACUCCCCAACUUUUAAAACGUUUGACGAACCAGGCACGUAAUAUAGGAGAAGGGCGGUUGUAAGAGCGAUUGCCCCGCCAAAAACCGCGGCAUAUUAAUGAUUUUGUUCAGAAAAGAUGGAUAAUUUUUUACUUCGUUUGAGGACCUCCCACGCCCCAAAUGAAAUUUGCAUUUUAGAUUCUGAGUGAAUUUGAGCUAUUAGUUUUACUAGGUAAAACGGCUCUCGGGAAAACAUUUUUCGGUUUGCAAAAAUGCUCCCUUUUUUCCAUUCCACAGUACAUUAAAAUAUGUCUAUUUUUCGGUAAGUAAAAUAGUCAGAUUUUUUUUCGCAAUACCUAUCUUAUACUUUUCAAACUUCUCACAUAUAUCACAGUGGCUAUAGUUACUCAUAUUUGGUUAAUGUAAGAACUAAGUUGUUUAGUUUUAGCACUUUUGAGAUGUGACCACCAUUAACCGUACCAUAAACUUUACAAAUGGAGGUGUUCUAAGGUGAAUUAUUUGAUAUAAAAAGGCUAUAGGGGAGACUUAUCUUCAUCAUGUCCCCCCCUCCCAUAACCUCGGCACGGUUUGGGUAUAGAAAACUUUUUUUUUUUUAAAUAUCUUGAUGCCGAGGACUAUAAGCUUUGUACACCACAAAACUUGGGUGCAAGUCAUUCGACAACGAUUCUUGACAUUUCCAGCAUAUUAUAAUAAUCCGUUCGGGCUCCAAUACUGAUUAUACAUUUUAGAUUCUGAGUGGAGCGCGGAAUGUAUUGGUUUUACAAUGAUAUUUAUUUUUUUUAACAUGGAACACUUUUUCUACUAGAAAGCUUACUCUGAUUAUCAAUAUACCACGUUUUCUGAAAGGAAAUGUUCUCUGGGUAAUACUUUAUAGAGGUCAUUUUUUGAAAUUCUCAUUAAUAUUCGAGAUAAUGAGGAAAACCUGGUUUUUUAGGUUAAAAACCGAUUUUCAUUGGUAAUUCUUUUGUCUAUUUUUUGUUAUGAUUAAGUUUUUAUUAUUUCAAAUCUUUUUCAAACAAUCAUUGUUGUCAUAGAAACGCACAUUGUUGCAAUCAUUUUACCAUAUUAUGACAUAUAUAUUGUUGACAAAGAAACACUAUCAACUGAACUCGGCUCAGAACCGUUUUUUCGUUAGCAAUGGUUCAUUGUUGCUUACAGAUAUACGUUAAAUAUCCGUCUGUAUCUUACCUUCCCAACUUCUCAUCCACAACAGUGGCUGCACCCAUUUGUGAAGUAUGUCAGUCAAAUCUUGUUUUUUUUUAUAAUGAAUUGUUUGGUUUUAUCCAGGUGAUUCAUAGGUUCCCAUUUUAUGUUAAUAGGUAUACUGUGUAUAUUUUAAAUCUGUCACAAAAGUGCAUUUCAGUGAUCUUUAGCAUGAAAACAAUUAUAAUCACCAUAAGUUUAAUAUUUUCGAAAUACAUAGGGUAAUUCACUAAGCGGGCUCUCCCAUAUUUUUGAUUAAAUUCUCCAUAUAUAAUUAAAUUCUGAUUGUUGGAAUUUUUAUUUUCCGUCAAUCUAUUGCCGAGAUAUUUCACUUUUAAGUUUAGGUACAAGGAGAGUAGUGGGGUACUAAUAAAACGCCGCGUGCCGUGGUACAAAUGAUACUCCAUUACUUUUCGUAGUCUGAGUCUGGGGAUCUAGACUCCCUUGACCCCCCGCGGUAAAACCACCUCUAGUAACGUAACACUUUUAAGAUCUGUGUUUUAUAUUUUUGAACAUUUAGUGCUUAAACAUGCCGUGGUUCUUUUGCUGCCCAAACAUACCAAAACUCCUUUAAGUAUUUGUCGCUCAAACGUGUUAUGAGAUAUGCGAUUAAGGUCGCUACAGAGUGAUAUUUUUUCAAAGUGAACCAGCAAUUUUCUCGGAGGGUUUAAGUGAAUUUGAUUUCUAUUUGAUUUGAUUUUUUUUUUUUUUAUCAUUACCUGUAUUAACGGCCAAAAAGUAACUAAAAUAUCAUAAUAUUAUAGUGUAACUAGUAACUUUGUAACAACUUUUUCGUCAUUUUUUUACGAUUGGAACUAUAAUGUAUGUAGGUCUGGUUAUAUAUGUAUAUGUAUAUUGUAUACUGUCCAAUUUUCUUCAAAAGCAUUCAAAAUCUUGGCUACUUCUGUCACUAUUUAUUGUUUAUUUAAUAGUUUAUGCUUUUAUUUUACUGUUUUUUGUUUUUUGUAUCCAUAUAUUUAUAUAAGCUAUCAAAUUAUCAUUAUUAAGUUAAGCAGAAAUUGUGUGUAUUAUUUAUAUUUUGCUAAAUGGUUAAAACUCAUUUAGUAUAUAUAAAUAAAUAAAUAAAAAAUAAAUAUCUCUCAUAUAAUUUGAUUAAAUAGUCCACCCUGUUUGAUAAAAUAUUUUUCAUAUGAAUCCUAGAAAAAAAUUCCAAUUAUGUAUUUUUUUUUUAAAAAAUAAAGUUUUACCAACACAAAUUAACAACGAGGAAAAACGAAUUAUAACUUGCGGUCGGACAUUUUUUUCGAAAACAAUUUUUUUUAGUUCCAUAUUUUUGCGGUGUAAUUGGAAAUACUUGUCUAAUUUUAUUUUUUUAAUCCGUUAGCCUCCCCUCUUCUUUCGUAUUUUUUUGUUUUCCAAUCAGUCCAGAGCGAAAUUACGGGGGAGGGGAUGUAGUGGAUAAAUCUCCCAUGAGCCGUAUUUAUAUAGUUUAUUGUCAUUUUAUACAAAUUGAAAGUUCAAAUGAAAAUUUUCAAAACUAUUAUGAAAUUAAAAAAAUGAUAAAUGUUUAAUUGUAUUGGUAGAUACCAAAAUAUUUAUAGUUUAUUAUUAUACUAGGUAGGCAAUAUUCUUAAUAGUUUAUGUCAGAAUAAAUUGUACAUUUCACUUUGAGCUUUACAUACUACGUAAUUAGGACAUUGCGAUUUUAAAAACGAAGACGUGCCAUUUAAUAGAAAACUUUCGAGCCCUGGUGAUGAGUUAUUAUAUGUUGGUAAGAGGGGGGAGGUUUUUUGGGACUAACUUUCCACGAGAUUACCAUGAAGAUAUAUUUUGAUAUCCCCCCCCCCUCUUAAAAUUCUCAAUGACGCUACUGGUAUCCGUCAACAAAUCGUUUUUUUUUGUUAUAUAGAAAUUGUGCAAUCACUGUCUUAAUUAAAUUACUCGUAUUACAUUGUUCAUCACCGUUAUGAUAUAUUGAUGUUUGUACUAGUAAGAUUAGAGUUACGAGAAUGUUGAGUAAAAUUAUAGAAUGUUAAACAUUCUUAUUCACAACAUUUUCAACAUUUUUCUCUUAUUCCGAAUACCACAAACACUAUACCAACUUUUGACAUGCAUAAUACUCAUUUACAUAAUUUACGCGUUAUAACCGUUUCAAAUGUAAACUGUAGGAAGUAUUAUCAUUUACAAAUGGAUACGAUGAAAAGGAAAUAUCCUAUACACUGUGACAAUUUUCCAUCAAGCGAUUUUCGCAAAUGAUUUUCAGUAAAUUUUUAUUUUAUUAUGUUCAAUCAUUAACAUUUAUUUUUCCCGGGGUCUACCUCGUGCACAUAUAACAACAAAGGCAUUCUGCUGCACUUCAACGAUCGCGACUCUUUAGUUUAGGCUGAAACAGGAUCUAUUAUAUAUUUUUAAAAAAUGGUACUAACUAGGUAUGGCUUCUAUGAAUUAUUUGUUAAAAUAUUUUUAGUUUCCUCAAAAGAUGCGUGAUCAAAAUUUAACUUAAUUGCACCUAGUUUUGACCGUUAAUUAGGUGCUUAUUAACAAAAUGCCAAUAUUAAGAAAGAUCAUUCGUAGAAGCCCUAAGAAACACUGAAUACUAUAAUACUAAAUACUCUCAUUUAUAAUAAAAUGCGCAAUAGGUCUCUUUGUUCAAAGCUCAACCGAAAAGUCAUAAUCGUUAAGGUGCGAAGUGCCUUUGUUGUUGCUAUUUCUUAUACUGCGAGACAGACAAAGAAAAUAAAUGUUAGUGACGAAAGCAUAAACAAUGCUUUAAAAUGAUCGAAUAAAACAGAAUAAAAAAAUAUUCACUAAAAAUCUCAUAAGAAAAUCGUUGUAUAAAAAAAAAAUGUAUCCUGUAUAGAUAUUGGCCGGCAUCACAACGGUGAGUAUAACUCGUUAAAUUGACAUUAUGUUUUUUCGAAACUAAAAUUUACCGUGCCCGUAAUAAAUAUUAUCGUGCAAUUUCCGUCUUACUAUAAUUUUAAUGUUAUUUUUUUUUUUGUUCCGCCACGCAGCCGUUUAAUUGUAUAUCUCUAAAUUAUUGAUCUGAUAAUUAAUAAGUACUUAUCUACAUUAUACUGCAUUAUUUUCGACUACGGUUCUUAAACAAAUACGUCAAUGGGUGUGUCAAGUUUUUAUAUUAUACGUCUACAUGCUUCUGGUCACGAAUUCAAAAACGGUCUGGUAUCAUCGCGGCACACCCGUGGGGUCAUCUAAAUACGAAAAAAAAAACGAUGAAUAAAAUUAAAGGUGUGAGUGUGUGCGUGUGUGUGUGUGUGUGUGUUUACGUUUCAGAGUAAAAAAAAAAUUAAUUUACAAUCUCGACCUAUGAAUGCACAAGCAAAGCUUAUUCUCAAGUCCAAAGUUUCUCGCGUUUAUUAUUGUUCUUGAUUAGGAGGUACUUACAUAUAUUUUUCUUUUUGUUUACCUUGACACUAUUUUUCUUUUGGAAGUAUAAUAUUAUAGGAACCUGUUUAAAAAAAAGUUGAUACGUUUAUGGGAGAAAUAUAAACUAUUAUUAACGAUUUUACUGCAGUAACGUGGCGUAUACUAUUCGUGUUAUAUUAUGUUUUAAAAACCCCACGGGAACCCAAAAUUUUUAUAAACACUAAAAAAUUGUACAAUUAUAUACCUGGCGCAGGCUAUAAAAAAAGGAGCGACAAUCACGGAAUGCGGUUUGGUGUUUGGCGUUUUUGAACUGGUCGUGUUUUUAAUCAGUCCUAUAUACGGAAAACAUGUGAGUAUAUUAUUGUUACAAGAGUAAACUCGACACUUCUGAUAUGAUAUUACUAUAAUAUUUUACUAUUUUCGUUGUUUUCAGCUGAACAAAAUCGGACCAAAAAAUCUGUUCAAUGGCGGAAUAUUUACGACGGGAUUAUGCGCAAUACUGUUCGGGUAAGCAGACGAUAUUAUUAACCGUUUUACUUUCCUUAUAAAUAUUGUCACAAGUAACCUAAUAUAAUAUUUACUAUAAUAUAUUUAGCUCUUUUUAUGUAAUAAAUAUAUAAACGAAUGCGUCGCUUGGAGUAUUAAGAUAUGUGCAUUGUACGACCGGUUUCAAAUUAAAAAUUUAUCAUCAGGUAUAUAACAAAGUCAACAAAAAAAAAAAAAACAAACGACGUGACUAUUUCAUUAUAGUAAAUUUGUACGCCCUAUGUUUUCUACCAGAAAUAUUGCGCUAAUUAAAAACCGAUAAAAGAUGUUUUUCCAUUUUAAAUUUAGUUAGUUGUGUAACAAAGUCGUUUUUUGAUUUUUCGAAAAACCGGAACAUUUGCAAUAACGAUGCUUUUAUUAUUUUAUUUUUUUUAAUAUAAAAUGUUUACUUUGCUUCGAAUCAUUUUCCAUUAGGAAUGGUUUAUCGUUGCCUACGUCUAUAAAUUAAAUUCUUCUCUAUAUUCCACUUUCCCAACUUUUCACCUACAACAGUGGCCCACCCGUCGUGCGAAAUAUGUUCGUCUUUUUUAUAUUGAUUUUCCUAGUACUUUUCACAUAAAAAUGGGUUAAAACGGAAAUGGUUACAGGACAACAGGUUCUGUUAAUGUUGAUGCACUAAGGUAAAAAAUAAUUUUAGAAACUUGACAUAUUCAUUGAAUACUUACAUUAACUGUUUCUAGACAUGGUAACAUUUUCAAAACAUUCUGGCAAUUUUUGAGCUAUUUUAAAUUUUUGAUUAUUUUUGUUUUAUGUGAGUUAAAUUUGUCUGGCUUCUCGAAAAUGCUCAAAAAUUUUGAUAGGAGGCUCAUGGCUUUGAUAGACAAGUUGUUCUUAUAGAAUUAGAAAAAUAUAGAAAAUCUGUAAAAUCAGAAUUUUUUUUAUAAACGUUUUUGAUAUUCAGAUUUUUUAGAUGUAUGUGUUAUUAUUGCAUGUUAUAUUUAAGUAAAACGUUUAACCUAACGUUUUACUUGGUUGUGAAGUAUAAAGUUUAACGUAUUUUCGAUAUUUGUUAUUUUUUUUUUCCCCCAAUAAGCGUUCACAUUUUAACGUAACUCGUUAAGCUGCGUACUGCAGUCUACUCGUAUAUUUUUGUAUCUAUGUAAAUACAACUUUAUUGGAAACAUAAAAAGUAUAUUCAAAUAUUUGAUCGGUGAUCAUCAUAAUUUUUACUUAGUGGUAAAAAAAGUCAAUAUCGUUAUAUCGUAAUUAAUUUGUGUACCUACCUGAUUAGAGUUCGAAUGUUGGAUUACAAUCAUAGUAUAUAUUUUUUACCUAUACAUAGCUACAAAUUAAAACAAAAUAUGUUACAUGUAAAUUAGUUUAAAAAAAUUUACUGAAUUUCACUCAGAAUCGUUUUUUGUUUGCAAUGAUAUUUCGUUGUAUACAAUUCAUAAAUUAAAUUGCUUUAUAUAAAAUAUAUUUAUUGUCUUUUCACUAUAUCCAUCUACAAUAGUGGCCAUGAGCAGUACAUUUUUUGUUUCGAUUAAUUUAAAAUGUUUAGUUUCUAAAUUGUAUAAUAUAGUAAAACUUUAGUGAUAUUUUCGAUUCAUCAAACGUAUGAUAUAAUAAAAGCGUUACACCUAUAUACAUAGUGAAAUUAGUUUUCUUUUUAGUUUUUAGAGUGCGUAAUGCGUGCAUUAAAAACGAUUAAACUGUCACUUUUUUUAAAUUUAUUGUUUCGAACUCGAUGUUUUGUCAAAGCGGUGAUAAUCUCGUAGGAUUUUUAACGAAAUUAGUAUACGAUAAGUAAAUAGGUUUUGAUAAUUUUUAACGUGCCAGAAGAAUUACUGCAUGACCUGAAUAGAAGAACCUUAGUACUGCAAAGCUACCGUGUGUACUCACUGCAAUAUUAUGAUGUUCUAACAAUUAUUAUCUUACAAAAUAAUUAAUGAAAAUCGAAAAAACGUACGAGUAGUAUUAAUAAUAUUUACAGAGGUACAUAAAUCUAUUAUCUAUUAACUAAUAGUACCUGCCUAAUAUCAACAAAUUAUAAUAUUAUAAUUUAUUAAUUAAGCCCGAAAUUACGACGAGGAUGGGCCUUAUCUAAUUUUUUUUUUUUUUCAUUGUCUGCAACUAGGUAGGACCACUCCUCUAAUUUAUAAACAAUAAAUUAUUAUAAUAAUUUAGAAAUCUUUGAUACCGCGAUAUUGCAGAUUUUUGACUACGUACACGUUUAUUCACAGGCAAAAACUUGGGGGGAGGGCAACUGUUACCUCUGUAAAAAUCAUAAAGCAACUCCCCCCCUUCAAAUAAUUUGUAAAUUGAUUUUAAAAUAAUACAUUUUUGAUAAGGAAUAUUUGGCAUUUGGGUUUCGAGUUCUAAGUAAUAUCAGUUUAAAAUGUGUAUUUCCAGCUCAUUUUUUUAUGCACAUAAAAUAAUAUAGCGAUAUCAUUAUAAAGGGAAUCAUUCCACGUGUUAUCAUCUCCCCCCCUCCGUAAUUCUACUUAAUAAAUUAAUAUAAUUAAAAAUUAUAAUAGGAAAUAAUUUCCUCCUCCCCUCUCACCAUACAAUUUAACCAAGGUAUGCCCGUGCAUAUUUUUCUAGAAAUCAUGUCACUAAAUAGGUAUAUUGAAAGUAAAAUGUACAUACAUCGAAAUUCGGUAUUACACAGUUAUUGAUGUAUUAUAAAAACAAUAGCUGCUGUUUUUUUAUACUUAAAUUAUUAAUUUAAUUUUAAUGUACUUUUUAUCUCAAAGUCUAUGCAAAUAAUUGAGUCUAUUAUUACUUGCAAACAAAUUUUACUAAAUGAAAAAUUAUAAGAUUACAAUUACCACAAUGUAAUGCGUAAAAUCAAAUCGUAAACAAAUUUCAUUGUAAAAUUAACAUUUUAUUGCGAUUUUAAAAUGUUUUGUAAUUGAUUUUUGUGUAGGCUAACAGAAACGAUUGAACGCAAACGUAUUGACGGAUAUCCGUAAAAUGAUCGUAAAAUAAUAUUAUUUUAGAAGAGGUGACACUACAAAUGUUUAAGGGGUCACGUAUAGGCAGUAUUGAGGGCAUCAUUCUAGGUAAAAUUAAAAAUGAAUUUAUUGGAUUAUGAAAUUUGUUCGAGAACUCGAUGACAUAAAACAGAAAAAAAAGUACCUCUUUGAUGGAUUCAAAGAGAUUUUAAAACUUUUUUACUCAAUAUGAAUAUCAAAGACGACAACAACAUUAUCCGGACUAUGUCGAUUUUUAAUUUACUCGAAUGAGAUAAAGUUAAUAUUAUAUUCAUAAUUUUUAUUAUAAAUUGAUCUUUUUUAUGUUAUAAAAUAUGUCGUAACUUUUUUAUAAAUUCAUAUUUAAUUUAACAGAUCUAAUUCCCUGACGUCAAAUUUAUGUUUUUCAGUAUUUUUUUUUUUAAUGAUUAGCUGUUUUACGAUAAAUAAUCAUACUUUUUGAGACAAAAUUAUUUUUCACUACAAAGUUUAUUGUUAUAUCCUAUGCGCAAACAAAAAGAAAUCUUAUUUGGAUUGAUUUCCUGUUUUUGGGUGAUAAUUUGUUUAGGUACAUAAUAUUACAAAAUAUUAUUAUAAUGUGGUGUAUUUUUAUAUUGAAUAGAUAACGGUAUAAUUGUUCUUAGUUGUCGAUCUCAUCAGUGUUUAUAUCUUCGCAAAAUUGUUAUUCGUCCCCUCAAUUGUCUAUCUUAAGAAGUCCGAUGCCAGCGCGGCUUUUGACUACAAAAACAUGGUUUACGUGGAAAACUCUUAUGCCUCGUAGAGUGGUCCGAUUUCAAUGGUUAUUCUUCUGUUAGAAAGAUGAAGUCGUCCUCUAGCUCGAUUAGAAUUCCGUUUUCCAAUGUUUAUUUAGUACUUACAAACUUUAUUAUAUUAACUAAAAAAAGAUCAAUUUUGACUUUUUUUUUUAUGAAUUUUUUUAUUUUAAAUCAAAUGAAAAAUCGAAGUUCAAUACGAACCAUAAAAUGUUGUUUUUAAAAAUUAAAAAAAAAUGUAAACAUAUUAUAUUGAAAAUCGGUUAUUCCUAUUCUCGCAAAGUCAGUUAGUAAAAAUGGUGCGCCCGUGCCCUUUCCCCCUAAAUAAGUAUCGGGUAGCGAUGCACGAUACGUGUCGUAGUAUAUAAUAUUUUGCGCAAUAUUGACAUACAUAUUGUUUAAAAUUUUUAAUCCCAUGGUCUGGAAGUUACAGGAAGGAUAUAUUAUAAUUAUCAAUUUUAGACUUUUAUUAAUUAUCACCAUAAAGUAUUCGAGUGUAAAAAGAAAAAAAAUGUCAUGUUUGAAUCUUAAGUGCAUUUAUAACCAUUAUAUUAAUACUGUGCACACAUGAUGGGAUACUCAAAAAAUAUAACUUCCAUCCCUGAAUUUUAUGUAUAGACAAAAACUUCCCCUAAAUUAUUAUUUUAACUUUUUCACAACACAAUUAUAUGACGGUUCACAUAAGAAACUUCCCGUAGAAUUUCACCAAAACCGAUAGAACAAAUCUGGUAAGCCUGAGUCAUAACUUAUAAGCCUACAGUGACAUAUGGACAGGCAGCCAGACAGACUCGACACAAUUAUAAACUCUAACCUAACCUAACCUAACCUUUCCGAAGCCAAAAUGACAAAAACGGACUGAAGCAUUUGACGUUAUUUAAAUUUUUUCAGAUUUUUGGACAAGGUCGAUAGCCAUUAUCCGUUCAUCAUAUUAUCAUUCGUCAUACGUAUUGUCGAGGCGAUGGGAAACGCAGCGUUUUUGACGGCCAGUUUUGCCAUUAUUGCGAUGGAAUUCCCAGACAACGUCGCCACCACAUUUGUAAUACAAGAAUAAAAUACAAAUUCCACGAUUGUUUAAAUAUUAUACCUUAUUGUUAUUUUUUUUUCCAUGUGCAGGCCUCGCUCGAAACGUUUUUUGGACUAGGUCUAAUCGUCGGGCCAACCAUCGGAGGAGCAUUAUAUUCAGUAAGAAUAAUGUAAUAUUAUACUAAUGAAUAUCUGUACCAGCAACGUCUACAUAAAACCCAAACAAACACUAACUUUGAUUUUUUUUUUUUUUUUUUUUUUGCUCAGGUGGGAGGGUUCAUAACUCCGUUUAUGGUUUUGGGAUCGACGUUAUUCCUUUCGGCCAUCAUGACCGCGUUCGCGUUACCUGAUCACCCGAAUCGUAGAAACGACGUUACUAGUGACGGUAUAGUUUUUUUUUUUUUUUUUUAAUUAUUAUUCAAAUAAUUACUACAUACAGUAAUAGACGUUUAAUCGGUUUUAUACAUGUAUAUGUAUAGUACAUUGAUAGUAAAACAAUACUCGAAUAUCAAAUUUAAUAAAUUCACAGAUUUUUUUUUUUUUCGGUAUUUACUCCAAUGUACAAAACGUUGAUAGAGUGUACAACAGACAUACACUUUGGUACUAUAUAUAUAUAUAUAUAUGCUACUCAAAUAUUAUUUCGACAUUAGGUACACGUGAUAAUUGUUACGAAAACGAUAAUAUUAUUUCAUGUUUUAUAAUUUACUAUUAUUCACAACUAUUAUAUUAUAGUUAGUGAUGGACUGGCCCACAGUCCAGCGGAUCAAAUUAGUAGGUGCCUAAUAAUGUUCAAUACAUUUUUGAAAAUAAAGCGAACGAGUUCAAAUCAAAAACGUAAUAGGAAUUUUCUGAUAGCGAUUCGGAGCGUAGUGAGAGAUCUAUUCGUUUUACAUGAUGUGUGGUUUUUUUAUGCCUGUGAACAACUUUUCUACCGGAAAUCUUGUUCUAAAUUGUUGAGUGUAGCACUUUUUUUGAAAGGAAAUUUUUAUUAGUUGGUGCAUCUAGUUGGUGUCCUUCUAAAGGAAGUCAUUUUUGAGAUUCUAAGAGGUUUUAAAAAUAAUUGAGAAAAACCCGAAAAAAAUUAGUGGUAAAACGAAAAAUAUUUACGGCACGCCACGGCGCGUGGCGUUUUUUUGUAAUGACUUGCAUACAGAUAUAAAUUAAAUUGCACAAUAUAUCCUACCACCCUAACUUUUUACUAUCGUUUUAAGUUCAAAUUUUGACCAUAAUUGUAAAAAUCACGACACUACGCAUACAGUUUUACGAUUUUUAUGAACAAAACGUAAAGUAUUUAACUACCUGUCCCUUAUGCCAGUCCGCCCUUGGACAUGAUAGUUAUGCUAAACAUAUAAUAUUAAUAAACGUUGUUGUACACAAGAAUUUUGAUUCUUGUAUACUUACGUUAUAAUAUAUUAUGUAUAUGUUUAUAGUUGGGUAUCUAACUAUAUAUGCAAAGUAAGCAUUUUAAAAACGCUCUGUACAGUUUAGUAUAGGUGCCUAGCUUGGAAAUAGUUUAAACAGUAUUUAGAUCCUUAUGAAACAACACAGAUUUAGUCAGAGCAUAUCAUUAUAAAAUAUAAGCUUUCACCAUGAAACAAUGUCAAGUAGAGGUAUAAAUAAGAGAUUUUGUAACCAUCAAAAAUCGGAAUUAAAAUUAAAUUCCAAUUUUUUUUUAACGUACCAUAACAAUAUAUUACGUAGGUAGCAUAAAGAUGGCAAAGAAAAAAUCAAUUUAUACAUGUAGUAUCUAUAUGCAUACGUCAUAUAAUGUAUAUAUAUAUUAUAUUGUAUGCUAUAGUCUUCCAAAUCGCAUUUUAUAGUCUUUAAUUGUCUAUGAUAAUAAUAAUACUAAUAAUACAUAAUUAUUAUUAUUUUUUAGAUUCUGAGUGGAGUGAGGAAUGUAUUGGUUGAUGGAAUGAUGUUUAUUUUUUUUUUUUAUUUUUUUUUGUGGACAACUUUUAUACCAGAAAUUAUUCUCCGAUAGUCCGAUUUACAAUGAUAGCACCUUUUCUAAAAGGAAAUCGGACUGGGGAGGUACUUAAGGAGGUCAUUUUUUUAUACAAUAUUAAACAAAUAUUAUUAUAAUAUUACAAGAAAAUGUUUGUUGCAUAUUGCAUAAGUAAUUAUUUUACCAUUACCUAUAUGAUAUGACAAAGUAACACUAUCAACCAAACUCUGCUCAGAAUCGUUUUUUCGUUAGCAGUGGUUUAUCGUCGCAUAAAAAUAUACAUUAAAUUUCCGUCUAUAUCCCAACUCCUCCCUACAACAGCGACUGCACUCGUCCUAGGACAGCUUUAUUUAAUUUGCGGAAUCAUAUAUUCUAAAAUAAAUUACACAGGUUCUUAUUUUUUUACCCUUAUUUUUGAAGGUGAAACCACUACUAACUUUUGAUUUCCAAUACUAAUCUAUAACUUAUUCCAUAAAUAGAUACAGUUUUAAUUUAAAUACAUUUUGGUGUUGACAUUUUUAACGUCCGUCGACGACUAGGUAGUCUACAUUUAAAUUUUGCUAAAGAGGUAGUAGUGGUGCACUAUUCAAACAUCGUGCAACGUUUCGAAACACAAAUUGUUGUUUAUGAAAGGUGAAAAAAAUAAGAAUAAUGUAACAUUUAAAAAAAAUACAUGUUUCCAACAAGUUUUCACAUAAAUAAUUUUUUUCUUUCUUGUUUUUUAUGGAUAUUUUGACUGUAGGAUAAUCUAUGGCAUUUGGAAGACCGUUAUAAACAGUGGAAUCAGCAUUAUACUUUAAAUUAUAUAAUCAAUUUUACUUUACAUUUUUUUGUUUUAAUUUUACAGCUAGUAUUUUACAAGUAUUGAAAAUUCCUGGCGUGUUGUUGGCGGCCGCCAGUAUUAUCGUGACUUCAAUGAGUAUUGGGUUUCUUUCAGCCACUUUGCAGCCGCAUCUCUGUAAAUACGUACGAUUGUAUUUUCGAUAUUACCGUACAUAUAACGGGAAAAAUUAUAUUAAUUUUUAAAUUUUUUUUUUAUCUACUUAAUUAUACAAUAUAGUUUGAGCUGUCGCCGAUGGUGUUAGGACUGAUGUUCGUCAUAAACGGCGGUACGUAUGCGUUGACAGCACCAUGGUGGGGUUGGCUAUGCGACAAAGUAUUACCCGCCAAAGUGGUCACACUAUUGGGAUGCAUCAUACUCAUGAUUGGGUUCAGUCUCAUCGGUCCCGUGCCAUUCCUAAACAGACCAACGUGAGUAUAAUUUUGUAUGUAAUUCCGAUUAUAAACAAUAUUGUUUUAUUUUUUUUUUGCGAUCAAAAUAAUAAACGCCUAAUUAAUCUUUAUCUUUUCAUCCCACAUCGAAUCGACCUUCCACAUCGUUCCUUCGUCUUAUCCCACUUAUUAUAAUAUUGCUGUAUAUACUGCUUAUUAUAAUAUCGCCUCUCAUAUCUCUUCCUGUUAUAUAACCAAUAUAGUUAACCUCUCUUUCGCUUACAUCUUCAUUACUUAGGUCAUGCCAAAAUUGUCCUACAAAGAAACAAAAAAUAUUAAAAAUAAUGAAUUGCUCGCUCAUAUAAAAGAGAUUUCCAUACUAAAAAUGUUGUCAAAUAGUUUGACACGUCUAAAACAUGGGCAAUUUAUCUCAUCUCGGAUGUACAGAAUGGAAAAAUAAAUAAAUAGAAGGUGAAACAUAGAAUUAAGCGUGGUUAGAUAAAAUGGAGAUAAGCAUCAAGUGUUUUAUGUGAUAAGAGAAUUACAAUAAGAAUUAAAUGAAAGUUCUACAAGAUUGUGGUGAGACCGACUAUGCGUAUGGUUUGGAGUGUUGGGCGGUAGACAGAAAAAUAGAAUAGAGAAUGAGUAUAUCAGAGAUGAGAAUGAAUUUGUGGAGUGACAAGAGGAGACAGUAUAUGAGAUGAGUACAAAAGAGGUAUCAUAGUCGUUGAUAGUAUAAAAAUGAGAUGAAAUGGACUGGAUUUUGGGCUUGUAAUAAUAAGAAAGAAAUCAGAAACAGUAAGGCAAAGAUACGGACAUAUUUCGCACGAUGGGUGUGACACUGUUGUAGGUGAGAAGUUGGGAAGAUAGGAUAUAUGGUUGAAAGGAAUUUAAUGUAAAUCUGUGCACAAUGAUUAAUCUUUGUUAAUGAAAAAUGAUUCUGAUUGGAUUUUGGUUGUAUAUAUUUUGAAAGGUCGUAAUAUUUAUGGUUUUAAAAUAAUAUAUUUUCUACAUUUUCGCGUUUUUCUUACGUUUUUCCCAUUUAUUAUGAAAUAGCUAGGAAAACCAAAAAAUGAUCUCACUAAAGUACCACUCAAGUCAGAUUUUCUUUCAGUAAAAUUGCUAUACUUGAAAAUAGGAGCAAAAUUGCUAGUAGAAAAAUUGUUCACAGAUUAAAAAAAAAAAAAAAAACAUCAUUAUAAAACUAAUACAUUCCUCGUUCCGCUCAGAAUCUAAAAUAGGCAGAGAAAGACAAAAAGAGGUGGUUGGAUGCGAUUGAGAAUGAUAUGAAUAUACUCAAGAACAGCGGUCUGAUCCGUAGCUUAGCUUACGCCGAUAACAAAUUUAAAAAAACAGCACAAAUGUUUUCUUUAUCUUUUAACAGUACCUAAUGACUACUACUUAACUUCCCCAUGCUAUAAAUUAUUGCUCGUUCUAAAACUUAAAUAAUAUUAAUAUUUUCGUUUACGUAUGUUUUCACAGAGAAAUGCACAUCACCAUAUUAGGACUGGUUCUGCACGGAAUGGGCAUUGGUGCACAACUCGUUGCGUCGUUUACAGACGCGUUACGGACUGCCGUGUAAGCGAUAAUUUUGUUAACAUAGUAAUUUUAUUUAUUCCUGAAAUAAUCGGUAAAUUAAAAAAAAAGAGCAAAAAAUUUGGACCAUGAUAAACCGUAAAAUAAAUGCUGAAUACCCGCCAAAUAUGUCGUGGUACAAGAUUUUUGCAGGAUAAAUAAAUUCCCUUGUUCAUCCCUUCAUUCAGUAUAACUAAUUCACCGCAUAGCUAACUCAGAAAUUUCUAAUACUUUUUAGCACUGAUUGGACCCUCAGACGGUCAAUUUUAAAAUCUUAAAUCCGAAACUUACAAAAAUGGUAUCUAAGAAUAUUCCCUAUUGUAUGAUAUGGGUCUGAAAUCCGCACAACGCGGCUAAGGAACCAUAUCCGCACGACGCGUCUAAAAUUAUUAGCCUAACCGUGCGGCUAAGGUCGUGGUAUAGUUAAUUCGAAAGCGAUAUUUCCCAAAUCGAUAUCACUUUAUAGCCCACUUUUUUACCUACGACUUUAUAUCAGUUUCAAGUAGCUAGGUCAAAAACUGACUCUCUAACACAUGAAAAACCAACGGAAAAUGGGUUUAUUUCGGACAUCGCAUUUCUAACUAUAAUAUUUAGCGAAAUUAAAUUUCAAGAAAAUUUCCGAUUAUUGAUCAACGUUUUUAUAAUAUGUAGUUAAUAAUUACUAAUAAAUUUAAUUAAAAAAUUAUUAUUUGAUAGUGUUUUUUACAAUUUCCGAACACAAUAUUAUGCACAAUUUUACGAUUAUUGAAAUCGCAAAGUAUAACCAUUUUCGCACGAACGUGUGCUAUCAGAGAAACCGAGCGUUCAACAUAGCUACUUUUAACACAACCGGCAGGAUUUAGUAAUUCCUAUGCAAUCGCAUAAUAGGAAAGGGUGCAUGGUGAAAUUUUAAAUAAUGUUCAAAAUGUCGAAUUGACAAUUUUUUAAAUCUUUGAAGAUCUUUGAAACUUCAACAAUUAUUAUUAUUAACACAUUAUUUGGAAUCGUCAUUAGCUGGAAUCAAAAAGAGUGGAAUGGACACUUUUUGGAAUCAACGUAGUUGGAAUAGAUGAACUAGGCAUAUACAUGUUUGGAAUCGAUAAAAUUGGAACUGACAUUAGUUGGAAUAAUAAAGAGAACGAUACACUGAAAGUGAAACGUAUAUAACGCUCUAAAAAUAGUGUUGCACGUGGCGGGAUAAGGUGAUUUCAUAUAUAUAUAUAUAUAUAUUUAUUUCUAGUUUAUCAACUCCAACUUAUGUCCGUUACAACGAAUGAAGGUUCCAAUUUUGUUGAUUCUAAAAAAUAUAGAUUAAAAUAUUUAUUAUUCAAAGAAUUUAAGAAACUGCCAAAUCCUGCAAAUUCAUCGUAGUAUUAUACUAUUAUUAUCUUUAUUUAUUUAUUUGUAUUUAUACAUAACGAUUGAUUGUCAUUCGGUUUAGUAAAACUGAUAUUACCUAUGACAUGUAGAUUAGAGCUCUGCACGGUUCAGUCCGGUCCGGUUGGUUCGAUUCUUCUUUCGGUCCGGUCCAGUAUGUUCCCAAUUUUAAGGUCUGAUUCGGUUUAAAUGUUGAUAGAGUAUAAUCAGUACUAAUAGGUCCGGUCCGGUCUGGUCCUGUCCAAUCCAGUCCGGUUCGGUCUAAUUCGGUUCAGUACGAUCUUAAUAUAUUUUAAAACGGUCUGGCCUUACGGUCUUAUUUAGUUGAGAAAAAAAUAAACGGUCCAGCCCAGUCCGAUCCCAUGAUUUGUUCCAUGUAUUAUUUUACUUCACUAGUCCGAUCCGGUCUUUGAAAAACCGGACCGUGAGGAGCUCUAAUUUAAAUUUUAUUUUGUCAUGUAUGACAGAUUAUAUUGGUCCAAACGUAAAUUUUGAACUCGCCGUUUAUACACGGUGUAUAUUACAGUAUAGGUACCGUAUAUGUAUUAUAAUAAAUUAUAUCCCAAUCGUUAUUUAUCCGUACCUUGUCGAUUUUUUAAUGAUUUUCAGCCAGCACGGGUUUCCUAACAAUUUGGAAACUUACGGUUUGAUAUCGGGGCUGUGGACGUCGACUUUCGCGCUCGGAGCUUUUAUCGGGCCUUCGAUCGCCGGCAUGCUGUACGACAUCGUGGGAUUCGGUUGGGCAACGGUGUUUGUAAUCGUCUUAUCCGCUGUCGUGGUAAGAAAACAACACUGUCCGUAUCAUUAGAUUUCAUGAUUUUAUAAUCAUUACCUGUCUGUUUAUCUUGAGUUCGCAAUAUAUUAUAAUAUCGCGUAAAUGGACGGCGUGUCGGUUUGCAAAUAUAUUUCCGCAAAUAACACUUAUCGUUAAAAGAAAAAUUAAUUUGAAACACGUAUUUAUGGGAGAAGGGGGAUAAAAAAAAAACACACUCCGGGAUGAACCCAUCUCAAUAAAACGUUGGGCUACUAAAUAGCCCUCCCCGACGGAAAAAUUAUGAUCACGGCUGUUUUCAUAAAAACUAUAAUAUUAUACUGCCACGAAAUUCGAAUUUCAAAAGGACAUUACGGACGUUUGUAAUAUAAUAUGGAUAUAAUAUUAUAUAUAUAUAUAUAUUUAUUCUGACUACACAAUUCCCGGACGACUUUGAAGUUAGUCCCACCAAGGUGUCCGAUUAAUUUCAAACCUACGCCAAUAUUUUGCAAAUUGGUUUUUACAAUUUGCAAAUCGCACGAAAAGACCCAAAUUCGAUUUUUAGUUUCCAUCAUUUUGCUCUAAUAAACUCGUGGGCCGUGGCAACUAACCGUCAACAUAAAAGUACCAUUAUUAGAAAACAUACUAAUGUACCUAAUCUAUAAGCCAGCUAUAACAGGAAUAUUACUUAAUCAAUGAUUCCCUGAUAUAAUUAUGAUGAAAUAACAAUAAUUUUUUUUAUUAAAAUUAUUAUGCCAUUUUACAAUCAGUAAAAUUAAAAUCAAUAAAUUAAUUUUUAUUGUAUAGCGUACAAUAUGUUUUGUUAUUUUGUAAUUUUAUAUAGCUCACUAAAAAAAAAAAAAAGUCGUCUAAACUCUAAUGGAUCUAAAUUAAUUUAAGGGGAGAGGGUGUUUGAAAUUUUUGAAAAUUUACAAGUGUUGCGUAAAAUAAGAAAGGUUGAGAACCUUUGUACUAAAUAGUGGCGUAGCCAGAAUUUCCCAAUUUACGGUACGUCUCUCCAGUCCCAAUCAAAAUAAUUAUUAAGGGGACGAUGAAAAAAAAAAAAUAAUAGAGGAGCUCCGACUUACCAAGUCAAGCAAAUAUACACAAAUUAUACAGUAUAACAUAAUAUUAUAUACUAAUAUACUAUACAGGUAUUUAUAUUUAGUUUAAAGUUUAUACCUUUACUUAAUAUAUUUUACUUUUUAAUUUGCUACUCAUUAUUUAUUCCAAAUCGGCUUUAUUUUUUACUUAGUAUCUAAUGUCUAUACAUUAUUUUCUGUUUAAUAAUAAAAAAAGUACAAUAUUAAAGUAAUAAGAUUAUUAAAUUGUAUUUGAACUAAAUUGUGUGUAAUAUUAUUUUUAGAAAAAUUCAGUCUACACCAUUCCAAUCAUAAUAUUAUUUUUUUACUUUUAUCUGUACCUAUACAACAGUACUUCAUCACUGCUGUCAAAUUUUUGUAUCGUUACCGUUUUUUGCAUUUUUUUUUUUUUUCAUUAACAUAUUAUUAUCAAGUUAUUAUGAUUUUGACAUUUCGUUCACAGCAGUCCUUCACUUGGUAUUUAAUUUGUAUAAUAUAUUAUAAUUAUGGAGAAAAAGGAAAGUUUUUAUUCACUAUUAGCUUUAAAAAAAAAAAAAAAAAAAAACCAGUACAGGUCUUAAAUGAUGGGUCGUAUUUUAUUCGAAUUUAAAUUAUUAGAACAUGUGUCUACAAAUAAUAAAGAACACUAUAAAUGCAUAGAAUGUAAUUCAAAUUGAAUCGUGAUUUUUUAUUUAUUUAAUAAGAUACCUACUUAAGGGUACAUUACUUACAUUUUUAAAUUUUGUUUUAAAAUUGUAUUUUUACUUGUAGCCUAUUAGACGUGGUUUCGCAUAAAAGUUGGGGGUUUGUUUCUGAUUCAGAGUUCCGAUAUGAAUUCAUAGGCGCUUCUAGAGGUGGUACAACGGAGGGGGUCUUUAGCACCCCUUCACCGAAAAAAACCCAAUUCACUCUUUUUUAGUAUCGAUUAGAUACUUGAUCCACGUAUUUCAUUAUUAAUAAAUAUAAGAAAAUAUGGAUUAAUGAUAAAAAAGAAAGUUAAAAAGUUAUGAUAUUUGUUUGUAUAAGGAAUUGUAAAUAAACUGUGUAGUUGCUUAUUAUAGGUAUCGUGUAAAAGGCAUUAUUGAGUCAUUGUAUCCACGGGCCUGUGAUAUGUCUAUACCUUUAGUACCUCCAAAGUUGAUAGUUUAGUUGUGUCUAUGCAUAAGUUUGCCAAUGGAUGUGGCCGAAAGCUCGAAUAAAAACAAUUAUUGAUACUUAUUUAUCGAUACCGACAUACCGUAGCAUACCGGGUGGAAUAUAACGAGUGACACAUGUUCAAAACUGGGUGCAGUGUGUUAAUAUGGUUCUCGGUGUUUUUAAUUUUCGAUCGCCGAGGGUAGCAACGUUAGGGAUUUUUAGUUUUAUCAAAUUGUACCUCAUGGAGUUCCGUGUCGAUAAUAAAAUAAACGACCAUAAACUGGGUUUUUGGCAAUACAAUAGUAAUGAAAAAAAAAAAAUAAUAAUAAUAAAACUGCGUACAACGGCUGUAUUAGUCAAGAGCGUAGUUUACGAUGUGUAGACAGAUGUAUGGCGGCGGGGGAAAUGGGAACACGUACUCUCUGGUUUAUUUUUACAUUCUGAGUGUUGCGAAGAAGAUAUAUAGGUAGUAGGUAUUUUAGUUUUUUCUCUGAAAACACAUUUUUGAUUAGUGAAAAUGUUCCAAAUUAUUUAACGCGUAAGUACAUUAAAAGACGCGGAUUUUUCGUCCGGAUUUUACGGAAUUGUUCUAGAUUCCAAACAAUUUUUCUAAAAAAAAAAAUAUCCUUACAUUUGGUUUUGGAUAUUAGUUUUAGUGUUGUUGAUGUCUAAAUUAUCUUGGCUACACAAAAAAAGACAAUAGUACAACCAACUACCUGUAACCAAGAUUCGGGACUAAAUAGCAUUUGUUUAUUAUUGGUUUUCAAUUAAAUCUAGGAGAGUGCUAUGGAAAUAAAUGUUAUAUUACAACGAGCUCAAAAAAGAAAUUUUAAAGUUAUUUUUUUAUUUUUGCUUAUGCUGCUUAAAAAAAAAUAAAAUAAAAAAUACUUUUUAUGAAUUUUUUGUUUUGACAUAAUAUUUUGUGAUUAACAUGUUAAGCCUGUGGCGAAAACCCGAAUUAUAAUAAAGUUGUUUAAGCGCUUCUUUUUUUGUCUCUUUUAAGUGCUAGUCCCAAACCUUAACUAUAAUAUACCGCGAAUUGUCGCUUAGCUCCCGAGUGUCACUUGGGUCUUUUUGCCUAGACACCAUCGUUACCAGUUUAUUGAAUUUCAAUCAGAAUCAAUUUUGAUUGCAAUGAUUGAUCGUUGCUUUCAGUAAAUAAAUUAUAUGAGCCUACACACUUUAUUCAUGAUUUUUCACAUACUGCAGUGGCCUGAUCAAAUGGCAUUUAAAUAUUAAUCGAAUCGCCAAGUAUCGUAUGUUUCGGUCGCAGUUGGUUGGGUAUUAAUGCUAUAUUUGAGGUUAUCUAAAUACGCACGAAUUUUCGUUUUGCAGGGAGUGGCCGUGGCGCUGUUUUUAAUAUUCUCCCGGCCGCCGAGACUGGCUAAGGACAUCCACAGUCUGGAAAACCUGCUGGACCCUCUGGUCAAGUCCGUGAUGGCGCCCGAUAGGGGCGGCAACGUGACUGGCGAUCACACGACGGCCGCGCUAACGUGUCCCGUGCCCACGGAACGGCCGCCCGGCAUGGAUGGCAUAAUCGCCUGCAACAGCUACAAGAACCGGCUGGGCACGUGGAACCGGAAGGAGAGCGAGCUAAUCAUCGGGAGCAGCUAUGCCGCGGACGAGUCCAGAGGUCUGCUGGGCUGACCGCCGCAGUCGUCGUCGCUACGUCAGGCGCCGCUUCCCGAUCUACCUCUCUCUGACGUUUUUUAUUAUUUAAUUUUCCGUUUCUUUCCCGUAUAAACAACACGCGCAUUUUGUUUUUUUUUUUUUUUUUGAAUGUUUUAUUUAUUUUUUCCGUAAAAUUAUUUUGUCACCGCAGAAAAAAAAAAUACCUCUAUUUUUACCCCGGCCCUUUUUUUUCGUCCCUUUUGUCUCUCACAGUCCCGCGCACCCGUUACACGUUCGCUAAAUAUACUACACUUACAUCAUCUGCACAACAGAAAUAUAAUUCGCAUCACCAACACUACCACCACCACUACAACUAUUACCAUUUUAUCGUGUUGCGUGUCUUAUUAUUAUUUUAUUAAUUAUUAAUUAUUAUUAUUAGAUAGGUAGGUUUUUUUUUGUUUGUUUUGUUUUUCUACCAUCCAACCAUCGAUCUUCACUUAUACUCGAGUCGUUUAGUAACACCAAAAAAUCCCGUAACUUUAGGGAUUACACAAUAUUAUUUAUAUUAUGUAUUUUAUAUUUUUAAUAGAUAUACAUUUUUUAUUAUAUUUUUGUAAUAAUAAUUUCACUACAUAGCGCGCGUUUAUAACAUUCAAGGCACGAUUUU